AUGUUGAGAAAGUGCGUAGUGUGCACACGUGUGCAAGGACUACCUAUGAGAGCUCCUCCAAGUCCAGACUUGCCUGACUUUAGAGUUGAUCACUCUGGACCUGCCUUUCAAGCAACGGGACUCGAUUUUACAGGUCCACUAUUUGUCAAAGGAGAUUCGAAACACGAGAAAACGUACAUUCUCUUAUUAAUUGGCACAACAAGUCGAGCCAUACACUUGGGAUUUCGUACCGGAUAUGUCGAUCGGUGGAUUUUUACGUGGAUUUAAGCGAUUUAUGGCGCGAAGAGGUAGUCCGGAUGUCAUCAUUCACGAUAACUUUAAAACAUUCAAAGCUGCUGCAGUCAUGAAGUUCAUGUUAUUGCAAGGGAUCAAGCAGAACUUUAUUUUGCCCUUAUCACCCUGGUGGGGUGGGUUCUACAAAGGACUAGUUAGGACAGUGAAAACGUGCCUGAAGAAAACUUUAGGAAAAGCAUUUGUAACUUUCGAGGAGUUACAGACUGUGCUCUGCGAGAUCGAAAUAGCUAUUAACAACCGCCCUGUAGCAUACGUCAGUGACGACGACUUGGACGACGCAUUAACGCCGCAUCAUCCAAUACACGGUCGUAACGCAUUUAAACAACCGAAAGCAACUGAUUUCGUUCCGAGUAUGGACCUGGAGAAAUGUAAACGUAGAUUGCUUCACGUGCGAAAGGUAUUGAGUAGCCUGAUCACAGACCUACAUUUCGCCCGCCCUAAAAUUCGCAGGUCGACGAAGGGCGAAACGUAGGUCUGAUGAAAAUGUUGUCAAAAGUGCAUGUAAGUCGACCGCCUGACGGUCGACAAAGCUGAUUGGCUAAUUCACAGGGAAAUGGGUUGUGAUUGGUUGAUCGCUGACAAGAAAAGAUUUGAAAAGAUCAGAAUAUUUUCAACGGUAAAUAAAUACGCAUACAGUGUAAUAUUCUAAAUAUUUUGUGAUGUCGAACGACAACUUAGUCUAUGAUCAGUAUCUACCGUCUAAAAUUAAAACUAGAGCCAGUAGAGGGAAGUAGAGCAGUACGUGUCAAAUAUUUCAGCGUUGUAUCUUUCCGUUGUAAUAAACAUUACAAUAUAUAAUUUUUACACGAUCCGAAGUUUUGUGAUUAUAAAUCAUAAUAUAACUCGGAUACAAAUAUGUGCGCAUUCAUGAUUUACAUUUUGAUAACAUAGCACAUACAAAAUAUAUGUUUUAUUUAGAUUUAAUCAUUGUAUGGCGAUUUCAAAAUGUAUAAAUUGUAAGAGUUGGGAUGCAAUCAAUGGCCACAUUGGCCAUUGCCAAAUUUGCGUAGGCAGAUUUUAUCGCAUUUAUAGAAUUUGUUGAAAAUGUUGUAUUACAAAGGUUUAAGUAUAUAAAAGCAACAGACUCCAUGGGGUUACCAAUAUUUUAAAUAUUUAUUCGAAUAUCUGUACUUAUCGACUCUUACUAGUUUACGAACUUGCAAUACAAAUUACUAAAGUGAAAUCGACAACUUUCAUUGUAUUUUUAGGUAUUACAUGUAUGUGUCAAUCUUCGUUAUUAAUUAUUGCAAAAUGCAAAGUGGGCGGAAGGCGCUUUUGACAACAUUUUCAUCAGACCUAUGUUUCGCCCUUUCCGUCGACGAAUUUUAGGGCGGGUGAAACGUAGGUCUGUUAUCAGGCUAGGUAUUGAGAGACUGUUGGGCAAGAUUCCGUUGUAGCUAUCUGAAUGAAUUGAGGCAAAUGAAUAUAUACUGUAUAUCGGAAGACAAAAGGUGAAAAUACACGGCGUAUUAGCGUGGGGGAUGUCGUUUUGAUCAAGGAUGACGAACUUUCGGUGCGCACUCAGUGGAGAAUGGGAAAAGUGUUGGAGUUAGUGAAAGGUCGCGACGGUCAGAUAAGGGGAGCCAAGCUCAAGGCACUCUCCAAGACGGGAAAACAAACGGCAGUGUUUCGUCCGCUUCAAAGAUUGAUUCCUUUUGAAAUCAACGAGAAUCACGACUGCACGAGUAAACAGCAACCAAAGGAAUCUAAGGAUAGUGUUGAUAAAGACGAAAAUGUGAAUGAAGCUGCUGUGACAGUGAACGAGGAAACCAGUGCGAAAAGGCCAACGGAAAGGCAGCAGUAG